CUGCAACUUGCAAGUGGCCAUAUUUUUCCUCCUGAGACCGGACAAUAUAUUAUAGUUCUAGAAGUUACAUAGUUUUGUCGAAUAAUGGCUGUUUCAAUCAAAAAUGGGUUUAAGCGAUUCGGAAAAGGGAACUUGGUUCUGGAAAAUAUCAAUUUCAAUGUUUGCAAUGGAGAAAUAUAUGGUCUUUUAGGUGCUACGGGUUGCGGAAAGACGACGCUGCUCUCAUGUAUCGUAGGAUUACGGCAACUUGACGCUGGCCAAGUCACAGUUUACAAUGAACCCCGACCAGAAAAUCUUGGGCAUAUUUGUGGAUAUAUGCCUCAAGAGACAGCGCUUUUAGGUGUCCUAACUAUCAGAGAAGCUUUAAAGUAUUUUGGAUUGUUGUAUGGAAUGAAGGCACAGGAUAUAGAGAGUCGAACCAAUUUCGUGUCAGAAGUUCUUGACCUGUAUCAUUUAGACGCAGUAAUUCAUAACUUGAGUGGUGGCCAGAAACGGAGGGUAUCCUUGGCCGCGGCACUGAUCCAUAAUCCAUCCCUACUCGUGCUUGAUGAGCCCUGCGUUGGGCUGGACCCUUUAUUGCGACAGAGGAUCUGGGAAUACCUCACCGAGAUUUCUACCAAACAAGGAAAAACCGUGAUAAUUUCGACCCAUUAUAUCGAAGAAACCAAAUUUUGCGACAAAAUCGGAUUUCUGCGAGGUGGUCAUCUUUUAGUUGAGGACAGUCCGACUUCAUUGUUGUCAUUGUACCAAUCCACGAAAUUAGCAGAUGUUUUCACCCAGCUUUGUCGAAUUGAUGAAAAUACAUCUAACCGUAAUAAUGUGAGGAAUCUUGAGUCCGUGAAUAAUCAGCGAUUUUCUGAGCAUUUAGCUGCAGUGCAUCUUCCCGGCAAAAGUGGUGCGAUAGGUUAUUCUUUCAAAAUCAGACGAAACCAUGCAUCAAUUUUCCACGCUUUAAUCUCAAAAUGGUGGCAUCGACAUCGAAGAGAUUGGAGGCUUUAUCUAGGACAGCUCGGGAUUCCCAUCAUGUGCGUUUUCUUCAUUCAAAAUAUCAUCGGGCGAGAACCCAGUGGAGUCAAAGUCAGUCUCGUUCACAAUACGGACAAUUUCACACUCUGCAAGGAUAACAAUCAUUUGAGCUCUUCCAACGAAUGCUUCUCAAACAUUGGGAUUUGCAAUUUUCUUGACAAGUUCGAUGAUAAAUUUGUUUGGGCUGGAUUAUAUCAGCGUGGGCAACAAAAGUUAUAUUUGAGCAGUACAUUCUUUACGUCGGAGACGCUUUGUCUUCAUGCUCGAUCAAUGAAGAUCUAAUCAAGCCACCACUCCAUUUCAAAACGAUCUACGGGAGUGCAGAAGCGUUCGACUUACUUCCAUAUAUGCAACUUGGUCUACCAAUUUUGUUAAUGUUUUUAAUAACAAUGGGCCUCGGAGUAAUCUGGAUGGAGGAUAAAGUAUCAGGACUGGACGACAGGGAUUACGUAAUCGGCGUUACUCUCUGGCACAGACUCAUUGCGCACAUGGUGACUCAAAGUUUCAUGACCUUCGCACAAAUUGGAAUUUUCUUUGGAUUACUUUGCGGCGUGUAUGACAUGGCGAUUAAUGGGUCAUGGGUACCCGCUGUCAGUUUGGUAUAUGUCACCGCUCUGUGCGGCCUGACGAUCGGUUUUUUGGUCAGCACUGUAUGCAACGGAAUAUUGGAGAGUCAAUUUGUUCUAAUAUUUAUAGCAUGCACCCAAAUGUACUUGUCAGGAAUUUUCUACUCGACCAAAUUAAUUACACCGAUUGUCCGUGAAAUUUUCACCCGGAUGCCGUUAACAAAUGUGAUUGUGGCGUUACGGUCAAUUUGUACGAGAGGGUGGGACAUUAGUCAUCCGCUCGUUUGGGGAGGAUUUCUACCGGGGAUUGGCUGGAUAUCGGUUUCAGUAGUGGUUUCAUUUCUGGCGAGUCGAGCGAGAUAUAAAUAAGCAAAAUUGAGGUAUUUUGUUACAAUGUAAAAAAAAUUAAGAUGAAAAAUGUAGAACAGACCAACUUGUACAUAUUACAAUUGGUACAUAA